GUAAUACCUGCUUCACCGCUGGGCGGGGUUUCGUUAGCCCGGCAGAGGCUCGAAGAUCGGUCAAAACACCUGCUGGUUCCUGUGAAGAAGACGAAAUAAGCUGAAACAUGAGGAUAUUUUUCACAUCUUCUUUGUUUUUAGCUCUGGGGUUAUUACAACCAGUUAAAAUGUCGUUUAUUGGCCAUCCUGAAGACUUGGAGGGAUCAGGAGAUGACUUGGAAAGUUCUGGUUCAGGGGAUUGGUCAGAACUAGACUCACCUGGUGAAAUGAAAAACUCCAAAAAUGUCAGAAUAUUACCUGCAAACGAAGGGGGCGGAACUGAGAAUACUUUCCCUGGUUCUUCGGUCCUGACCUUUCACAGUACACACUCUCCUGCAAAAGACAGCACAUCAAGACUCAUUGUUGUUGCAAACAGCAAGAGUUUAUUGGAGAGAAAAGAAGUCCUCACAGCCGUGAUUGCAGGAGGAGUGUCGGGACUGAUACUUGCAGCUGCACUUGGAGCAGUAUUAAUCCACAAAUGGGAGAGGAAAGAUGGUGAUGGAGGAUACAUUCUGGGCCAGCAGAGGGCUUCAGAUGAAGAUUAUCACAAAUGCAAACGGAAGGAAGUUGUUGUUUAACUGUCCAAAACCAGUCUUGGGUUUUUUUUGUUGAUGCUGCCAGGCUAAUUCUGUACCUAGGGAGGCUACUGUAAAUUUAUUUUGCUGUCAUAUUUCUUUGGUUGGUUAGGUUGGGUGUGCAUCAGGAAUGACAUUUAUUAUGUUCAUAGAUAAUUUAUUUAUAUUUAUAAUCAAAAAUAAAAAUUGCUUUUAUUGAACAAAUGCUUUAUUGUCUGUCUUUUAUAAAGCUGACAGACUCAAGCUUAUUUUGACGUCUUCUCAGGGCAACAUGAGUGUACAGAAAAGGCUCGCUAGCCUUUUUUGAAAUGGAAACAGUUUUGACAUGUCACAGUAGAAAAAGCACAAGCGUAAAUAAUGAAAUUAAUGAUUACUGAAUAUCAUUUUGCUGCUUCAGUGUCAAGGACAUUUAUUAAACGUGAAUGACAAUGAUUAGGUAAUGAUGAUCAGCUGCUACAAUGCAAAGUGUCAUCUUGUCUAAAUGUGCACCAUGAAAUGACUAUUUUUGUAUUCCAUACUUGUUAAUUAAUGAUCAUAUGAUUUUGUAUGUUUUACAAAAUGUUUUUGAGUGUAUAUCCACUGUAUUCAUCUGUUUAAAUGUAUGUAUGACAAUGAGGGGAUGUUGUGUACAUGCUAUUGCACUGUGUGUAAUAUACUUUAAUAUAUUGUUCAGCAAGAUAAUUCAGUAUUGCAUUUUUUUUUUCCAGGAAUUGAUCUGACAUCAUAUUAAUUAAACUGUUGAUGGCAUGG